UGAUUCGCACUUAGAUCAUAUUUAGUUGUUUCCUUUCUGUCUGUCAGAGUCUCGUCUUUGACGCUCCUCUUAUAACCUCCCAAAAUCAGGCUCUGUGGCGCCACCUGUUGAGACUGCACAUGUUUUUCUUCUCUCUUUCUAAACCGAGAGCAGCUCAGUCUCAGAGAGACAGCUGCUUGAGUCUCAGUCUCAAGCUGCUGUUUCCUCAUCAGCAGAGAAACAUGACGUGGAGGAGGAAGAGGAAGAGGAGGUUCUGACUUGAAUCAUAUCUUAAAUUCAGUGUGAUGUUCAGUCAGUCAGCAGCAAGACAACAUGGAGGUCACAGCUCUCUGCGUCACACUGAUGAUGACGGUGUUGUUGCUGCUGGUCGCACACGUCGACCUCAGUGAUUCUCAACAUGAUGCUUUCCUUCAGGUUGAUCCAAACAGACAGCAGCACUUUGCAUAUGACUCCUUCACAGUGAGCUGUGAGGGUCUGGAGGGACUGACUGGAUGGAGAGUGAUCAGGAAGAUCAAAGGUGUCGUUAAUACGUGUUCUCCUUCCUGGUCGACAUCAACGGGACCCUGUGUCAUCCGUAACGCCUAUCCAGCCCUCGACAGUGGAGAAUACUGGUGUGAAAUAGGAGGAGGGAAGAAAAGCAACUCUGUCAACAUCACUGUUGCUGAUGGCUCAGUGAUCCUGGACAGUCCUGCCCGUCCCGUGAUGCUGGACGAUGCUGUGACUCUGCACUGCAGAGAGAAACGGACGUCCUCCAACCUCACUGCUGAUUUCUAUAAAGAUGGCCACUUCAUGGACAGCAGCUCUGCAGGAAACCUGACCAUCCAAGGUGUUUCUACGUCUAAUGAAGGACUCUACAGGUGCAGCAUCCCUGGAGUCGGACAAUCACCUGAGAGCUGGCUGACUGUCAGAGAACACACCAUUAGCUCUCCAGCAGCUGAUGAAGAGCCUCAUCAUGGCGUUCAGCUCCCUCUGCUGCUCUGCAUUGGUGUCAGUGUUUUCUUGCUGGCUCUGCUGCUGUUGGUGAGAUUACUGCGAUGUAGGAAGCGUCAGACAGUCACUGCAGACAUCACAAUCCCUCUGUCCUCCGUCCAGUAUACCUCUUCUCCAAAAACAGACACCAGCUGCACUCAGAGUCCACCUCAACAUUCAGCCAGACCCGUGUGUGAAGAGGACGGCGAAGCUGUUUGGAAACAUGCAACAUAUGCUGCCGUCACAAAACCCAGGAGAGAGCGAGAUGUUGAGGAGCCCACGUUUAUGCCUGUGUACCACACCCUAAGCCUGGGGACGGACUAGCAAACAGACCGCCAUGAAGAGGUGACUGAGAGCAGAGAGCCCUGACUGAAGGAGGGAGGAGAGUCUAUUUAAAGCUAUGUGAUGUGCACACAGCUGUUUCUGUAAUAUGCUUAUGAAAUACUUUGAUCUGUGACGAUCAUCAGCAGCGUGGGAGUAAAAGUUAACCAUACUCAGGUUAUGGACAUGUGCUGAUUCUUAAUUAAAGACACUGUGUGACUUGUUAUGAAGUGGAACCCACCUAAAAACACAUCGUCUUCAUCAUCAUCAUCAUCACCAUCAUCACCCUGUGAGAGCAAGAGCUUCAGCUGUCUAUUUUAGGAGCUGUCAGUCUGUAACAGUCAAACCACACCGUGCUCUCCGCUCUGUUCUCACACCUGCAGACACUGUUUAAAAGACGAGAGCCGCUGCAGCUUUUUAACGCCCUCACUGUGACCUCUGUGGUCACACUGUGGGAACUAUUGUGAUGUACUACUGACCUGAAAGUUGGCUCGAACAUUACUGUUGUUGACCAUCAACAUGCUGUCAGAAUGGUACAGUACUGUCAACACAUGACCUGUCCUGAAUAAAGAGAUCGCCACCUGCUGGGUUAGAGAAGCAACAAGUCAAACAAAGGCUAUCUGACUGUGUUACUGAGUGAGACACUGGACCUGUUGUUGUGAUGUUUGGGCUGCACAUGAUUUCUAGUAAGACAUUAGCAACAACCGCACAAAAUACUUA